CCCAAAAAUUUGACAGGACCUCAGUUAGGCUCAAAAACAAUGCAAAUAAAGUGAACAAAAUCACUUGACAUUUAUUGACAGCUUUAAAUUCACCCUCAUUAUGCCAAGAGGAAAGUCCCCCGAUCCACUUCAAGCUAUUGUUGUUCGUCUAAUUGCCAGAAAAAUAGACAUUUGGUGCCCAAACCCACCAGAUUUUUCAGAAAAUGAAAAAUCUUCAAGAAGGUCAAAAAGUUGGUCUAGAUAUGGAAUGGAACAUGACUUGGAGGGUACUGCAAAUCCCCCAUUAUGUGAGAUGGAAUGGGUGCGGCCGAUUGUCUCGCCAGAAGUUGCAAGGCUACCAGGCCCCUACACGCGCCCGCUGGGAUUCUCGUCGCAGCCUGUACGGUUGCCUGUGAUCCUUCCGAUUACAUCAAACCCGUCACAGAAUAUGGCCAAAGGCGAAGGCACUACUGAUUGUGGAGAGGACAAGGACGAUGAAAAAGAAAUGUAUGAAGCCAAGUUGAAGAGGUCAUACGAGCUCUUUGAAUUUCUUUCAACCCAGAAGAUCCAAGAGUUGCUUGAUGCCUUGAUCACACGAUGUCAGCUGGCAUUCCACCAUCUUCGUGUCCUCGUCCAUCCGAGGCUAACAUGUCUCUCAUUGGUUCAUACGCCUUACUUCAUGAAUGAUGAUGGCAUCAUAGACAUCAUCGCAGACAGAUGCCAGAAUUUGACACGAUUAAGCCUGAAUCUUCCCAAGUGUGAAUCCCCUGACAAGCUGAUGGCGCUGAUUGCAGCGAAUCCGAAUCUCGUCUUCCUCAACUUGAGCCUCACUAACACUUGCUACGACACCGUCUUGGAAACCGUCGCUAAGCAUUGCCCAAAGAUCAGGGAGAUUUCGGUCUCUUCUUGUCCUGUGACGGAUGCUGGAAUUGCCCACCUCACCAGGAUCGGCCAGUCUGGUGAGCCGGCAUGCCGGGAACUGGUGACAUUAGAUCUCAGAAGGACGACCAUCAGUGCAAUGGGAGUCAAGAUGGCCCUGGAGACUUUGGAGAAUGUUCAAAAUGUCUACCACAUGGAUGUGAUCACUGCCCUGUGCACACUUCAUGACACCUCUUCCAACUCCAACAAAACACACAAGCUGAAGACUUUAGAAUCCUUCUUUGGUCGUCCACCGAGUAACCUGAGUAUGGCAAUAUCACACUGCCCACUGAUAACUGAUAUAAACCUGUAUGAAUGCACUCAGAGUGAAACACUGGCACCAUUGUGUGAUCUCCAGCACUUGAGGAAGUUGGCUCUGAAAACAAGCAGGAAUUGCUUCCCUCUUGAACGGAUGGACUUCCAGAGUAAGGUACUCCCCGUGUUACAAUCACUUGGAGAACAGCUUGAAAAUAUACAGCUUGUUAGCUUUGAAGAUGUCGAUCUGGCAGCGAUUCUGUUCCUUUGUAAAAACCUGCAAACCCUUAUUAUUGACAUAUCAAGAAUAUUACUGGAUGAUCCAUUCCAGAACGAGACUGAGUAUUGUGAGAGACUGAAACAAAAGAAUCUUAACUUUGUCCCGUUGAAAUACAUAGAAACACUGAACAUCAUAACUGGUAUGAAUUGUGCCCACAUCCCAAUGGAGUGUCUAAAGGCAAUGUUAACCAAUGGCCAAGGUUUAACCAACUUGAUCUUAGAUGGCAUUGCUAACCUCGACAGUAAAACUCUCGUGGACAUUCUUCAUAAGAAUCCCAUGCGUCACUUGAGAAAGUUGGAAUUCUGUAACCUUCCUCUUCUGACUGUUGAUGGAAUACAACAUGUCUUGGAGGGGGAGAGCCCGUUGGAGAAGCUGGAGGUGACGCAGUGUAACCUCUUGACGCAUGCUGACAGGGAGCAUCUGAGGAAGUUCCUUGACACCAUGCACUAUAGCCUUGCUUUCACUAUGAUCGUAUCGAACUGGACAUGACUAGUAGACAUUCAGUUCUGAUGGGGGGGUUGUUGGCUUAUCCAUGUGGACUGUCGUUUUGACGUUUUAUGUGUUAGUUUUUGGCAUGAUUGACAGGACUGUGGAUAAAGGUCAAGUGUUGAGAAGUCGAAACUCAAACUACCGGUACUGUGUUUUCUGCUGUGAUAUCAUUGCAAGAUGUGACAUUUUGUGUUUUGUUUGAUUGUGCCAGAAUUGACUGUUAAAUGAACAACUGGACUUCUGAAUAAACUGCCCUUGGACGA